AUGGAUGAGGUGAAGAGCAAGUUGGACAAAGUGAAACAGCACGGUAGUCGAUGUAAGAAAUUGCAAGGUUACAAAGUCUCAGAAAGUGAUGCAGGAAGUAGAUGCAGAAACUACAAUAUCCGUACGAAAGAUGAAGAAAAAGAGAGUACAAAUAGUGAGGGUGUGGAAGAAGAGGGAAAUAUGCAGACCUUCAGGAAUGAGAAGAUUCUGACAGCCUCCAGAGAGGAAAAAGUGUGUGAUGAGGGAGCCAUCCUCACACUGACGGCCGACUUGUCAUCCGCAACAUUGGGUAUUAAUAGGCAAUGGGGUAAUAUUUUCAAAAUUCUGACAGACAAUGAUUUUGAACCUAAAUUUUUAUGUGAUGUUAAAUUAUCACUUAAAUGUGAUGGUGAAACAAAGACCUUUUCAAACCUCGAAAGCCUCAGAGAAUUUACCAGUCAAAAACCUUUUAUGAAAGAAUUACUGCAAGGUGUACUCCCACAAGAUGAAGAAAAAAUAUAUCGAGGAAGAAGAUAUGGGAUUCAAGAAAAACUGCGGAAAGGUCUAAUUGGUUCAAAACACGGAACAGGAAAGCCAACCAAUGAUGGCUUGAGCUUUCUGUUUAUUAAGGAGGUAAAGAUUGAUAAGCCAGAGGCAUCUUCAGAGUUGGAAGAGGAGGAGGAGGAGCAGGAUGCCUCAUGGAUAGAAGAGGAAGAGUGGGAAGACGCCUCAUGGCUGGAUACUGUCCGAACCUCAGGGCUGAAAAAAACGGAGAAAUACAGAAUUUUAAAAUUAGAAGAGCUAACAGCCAAAGAAGCAGACUUGAUACAGGAAACAGAAGAAAACUUUAGAAAAAAUGUGAUUCAUUUCUUCAGAGAGAUUCAAGAGGAGAUUGGAAACGUGAAGAGUUUCUAUCCUGAAAUCUUGGAAAUUAAAAAUUCAAUACAUGACCUGGAUAAUGUAAUGGACACACUUGAAGAAAGAAUGGAUAGUCUAGAAGAUCAGAUUUUAGAAUUCUCUAAGGAUGCAAUGCAAAUGGCCAAACAGAUGAUCAAUGAAGAAAGGUCAAGAGAUACGGAGGACAGAUCCAGAAGUGCCAACAUUCGUUUGAUAGGCGUUCCAGAAAAAGACAAUAAAGACAAUAUAGCAGAUGACAUAGUAAGAGAAGUAAUUGAAGAAAACUUUCCAGAAUUAAAGAAAGAGUCAAGGUUUGAGAUCAUCAGUGCACACCGAAUACCUAGUAGGAUUGAUGAAAACAGGCUUACUCCUAGACAUAUCUUGGUGAGAUUUUGGAAUGCCAGUGAUAAGGAGAAAAUCAUGAUAGCUUCCAAAGGAAAAAAAGAAAUAACCCAUAGAGGAGCUAGAAUCAGGUUAACAGCUGACUUAUCAUUGAGUACCUUGGAUGCUAGAAGUAAGUGGGCCAAAAUCAUAGAGGUGCUUCAUGAAAAAGGUUUUAGGCCAAGAAUCUUAUAUCCAGCCAAAUUGGCGUUUGAUUUUCAGGGUAGAACAAAGAUGUUUUAUGAUAUAGAAGAAUUCAGAGCAUUUAUUUCAAGUGUACCUCCUUUGAAGAAAUUGCUGGAGAAUGUACUUGGUUAUACAGAGUGA